UAAAGGCCGCCAGGGAAGAUUCCGCAUUUCAAGGAAUAGAGCCGGCCUCAAAUAAUGUUGGGAAAUAAUGUGUGAAACAGAUUUGGAAGAAAGUCAAUGUACGCUUUACGGACCGGACCGUAUGUGUUUUAAAUCACCUGGCUCAAAUUUCUGCUUCCUCAUCCCCAGUCACUGGACAUCGGUAGCCGACUUGCCCGGCUUGCUAGCCCGCAGACCUUCCCAAAAUCUCUGCUCAAGAAUCACGGAUCUCAUCAGUUUUUUCUUCUUAUAACGCUUUCCGAAAGCUACUCAGCAUUAAAUGUACCGACCCGAGCAUCUGCUCCGGGUUGCUCUCAUAACACUAAAGCUAUGACCUGCUAGUCCUCUACUGCAGAUCUGACCGCUAGGAGCUAGCAUCCUCUGGAGUUGGAUGGACCUCUCACAGCAUCCCUGCCGCCGGGGAGGCGUUCAAACCCGUCCUGCUGCUUCUUCACCGGAAUGCUAACUAACGAGGAAGUGGCUUUAACAUGACGAGGAACAAUUUGCCUCUCAAUCGCUGCAAGCUUUUAGGUGCUUCACAGACAUUUUUUAGAUGCCAAAUGUAAUGACCGUCCCGAGCUCGCACCAUGUACGUGGCUGGCCGUGUCUGUCUCCAGCCUCGCGGAUGACACUCACACAGGUACCGGCGUUUCAGAGCGAACAGCGGCGGCGCUGAUAACACCGUGUUGAGAGACUAGCGCCAAAGCUAGGAGGCUUACAGCACAAGAUAGAACCCCUAAACAACACCAAUGGUAUCCCAUAAGGUUUUAGUCGCAAUAAUCCUAUUAAAUGUGUAUAUAGGUGUACAGUCUGUUUUUUACUUUUUCGGCGGGGUCCUUUUGACGGGGUUGUUUGCUAUGGCAUAUUUGAAUGGACCCAGGCUGCUGGACUGGGCGAGUUCACCCCCUCAUCUUCAGUUCAACAAAUACGUCCUAACGGGAUACCGGCCAAGCUCCUCUGUGCAAGACUGCAUCAGAAGCCUGUUCUACCUGCACAAUGAACUUGGGAACAUAUACACUCACGGCAUCCCUUUGGUGUGCUUCCUGGUGCUGCUGCCGCUCAACAUCCCCUGGUCUCAGAUCAGUGUCACGUGGCUGGGUGUGGUGCACUUCCUGGCCUGCCUGUCGCCCCAGCUGGGCUCUGUGCUCUACCACCUCUUCAUGAACCACGAGGGGGGGGAGCCCGUCUACCACACCCUCCUCAAACUCGACGUGUGUGGAAUCUGCAUGAUCAACACGUUGGGGGCGCUGCCCAUUGUCUACAGCACGCUGCUGUGCUACCCUUUCAUCCGCACUGUGGCCCUGUUAGUCUACAUCCUGCUGUCCAGCCACGCCAUCUACUGUGCCGUCACCGCGCGGAGCAGCGUCCGCCGCUUGCGCUCCUUUGCCUGGCAGGCGCUGUUCCGCUUCUCCUUCUUUCUCCUGCGCGGGGUGGGCAUGGGUGGCGGUAGCCCCACCUCGCUACGCCACUUCCUCAUGAUGGAUGUGCUGGCCGUGCUGGGCGGGGUCAUCAACAUCACACGCAUUCCGGAGCGUUUCCGCCCCGGUCUCUUUGACUACUGGUGCAACAGCCACCAGAUCAUGCAUGUACUGGUGGUAGGCUCCAUUCUCUACCUGCACUGGGGUGUGCUGGACGACCUGCUGUGGAUCAACAGCUACAACUGUCCCUCAGACUGACCCCCCCUGCUGACCCCACCCCCUCACAAGGAGCACUAGGAUCUAAGGUUCAAGGACCUCUGAGGGGAGGGGG